AUAUAUGCAUUUAGUGAAAGCCUUGUGCUGAUGUAUGUUAAAAAUAAUAAUAAAAAUGAAUGAUUUGUCACAGCAAGCAACGUCAACCCAAUUCAACAUGCAAGAAUGAUGUGUAAUACCCGCUUAAAAUGCACAUGCCAAAGCAAAAACGCAAAACAUUUUCAUUAGCUAUGCUCACGACUGUACACAACGUCAUAGUCGAAGCCAAGAGCAUUUAGUCAAUUAUUAACUGCGAGAUUCAAAGCAACUGUGCUGUCAGUCGAAGCAGUAGUUAAUGUUAAUUUUUACAGUGAACUGUUUUCUUGAACUUAUGUUUACUCGCAUAAACUGAAUUUGUUGUUUUGUUUUAAAUCUUUUGCGUUUUGUGACUUUUUAAAAUGGCUCCGCGACUUAAUAAAAAUUUAAUCCUUCAACAUUUUGAUAUAAGUAAUGAUAAUAUAUCAGUAGUUUGUAAAAUUUGCAAACAUUUGUUACAGAAAGACAGAACAUAUAAUUUAAAAACACAUUUAAGAAAAAUACACCAAUUAAGUAUGAAAGAAAUCGAAAAUUGCAGCUCAUAUGAUAGUGUAAUAGUGGAAACCAAAUCAACCCGAAGAAAAAAAAUAAAAAUCGAAAUGAGCAGAAAAAAAUUUUUUCGCAGCUACAUUGGUUUAGUAAUUGAAGAUGGUAUUCCAUUCAAUGUCCUCAAUUCGGAAAAUAUGCGAAACAUUAUUAACCCUAUUUGUCAUACAUUAAGCGAAAACUUAAAAAAAAAUUUUUGUUUGAACAGCACAAACUGUAAAAGUGUUUUGAAAUUAGUUGCUGAUAAUAUUAAAGAAAAUAUUAAAACAGAACUCCACCAACGACUGAUUUCUUUAAAACUUGACAGUGCCACAAGGCUGUCGCGCAAUCUGUUUGUUCUUAGCGCACAAUUUAUAAAAAACAACGAAAUUACGUCGACAAUUUUAGGAAUGGUGGAACUGAAGGAAGUGGCACCAAAUUCAUCUCGUAAUAUGGCAACGGAAAUUAUUAAUUUAUUGAGCAAAUACAAUGUAAAUCUUAAUCAAGUGGUAUCAAUUACAUCAGACAGUGGUGCAAGCAUGAUCAAAACGACAACGAUUUUAUCGCAUUGCAGCAGCUUUAACGAGUUCUACGAAGAAAACGAAGUUGAGGAAGCAAAUGAUGUGUAUUUAAAAAAUAUUGAACUUUUCGAAUAUACAAGUGACAUACAGUUCGGCGACAUUCAAAUUUGCCGUUGUGCUGCCCACACUGCUCAGCUCUGUGCACUGGAUGUUACUAAGAACCCUAACAUUAAAACUUACUUGAUGAAUUGCAGAAACUUAGUCAAGUUCAUCAAAAAAAAUUCUAACGACUAUAGUCAAAUUUUUGAACUGAGAAAUUUGGCUCUACCACAACUCGAUUGUCCUACACGGUGGGGAUCGACAUACAAUAUGAUAGAAAAAGUUUAUGCAGCCAAGGAAAUUUUGGGAAAUGUAGAGUCUGUACAAAACAAAUCACUUGAUGAAAAUUUUAAACUAACCGAUGAUUUUUGGGAUUUUGUGAACAGCUAUUGUACUGUGUUUGAACCAUUACAACGAACAAUUAUGAAAUUCCAAGAAGAACAUCUGCAUUAUGGAAAUUUUUUUGCACAGUGGCUGAAGUGCAAGAUUAUGAUCAGUAAAAUUGUAAAUAAAUUGGAUAAGAAUUCUCUUAUAUUUAAAAUUGGAACGGAUUUAUUAAAUAACAUAGAAACAAGAACUGCAAAGCUCCUAACAAACAAAAGCUUAAAUGCGUGUUUGUAUUUGGACCCGCGCUUUAGCCAUACAUUGAGUGUAGAAAAAAAAGACGAAGCUGUUAUAUUUUUAAAACGACUAUAUGAUAGAUUGAAAGCAUUGGACUCAGCUCUCCUGAAAGACAAGGAAAAUUCAGCCACAAAUUGCAUAAAAAUGGAAGACCCCUUGGAAUGUGCGGAUGAGAAAGUUACCCACGACGAUGAGGAUGAGUACCUUAAUGAGUACCUUUCCCACCACUUCGAAGCUCAAACUCAUGACAACAUGAACGUCUACACCAAAAUUGAAAAUUUGAAAUUACCUUUUCAACGUGUAGAUAUAAAUGUAUUGGACUUUUGGAAGGAAAGACAGUUUGCUGAUCCAGAAUUACACGCGCUUGCAAAGAUUUGUUUUGCAAUUCCACCAAGUCAGGUUACAAUCGAGCCUGCUUUUUCAUCACUGAAAUUGAUCUUAGCUGAUCAACAGAAUCGUGUUAAUCAUGAAACUUUGGAAAACAUACUGAUGGUUAAACUAAAUCCAUUGUUUUUGGACCAGGCAAUUGAUGAUAUGCCAUUGUUUGAAUCUGAUGAAUUUAAAUGAAGACAUGUAACAAUUUUUUUUCUAAAGUACAUAAAUAAAGAUAAUUAUUAAUUUACAUUAGCUAGAGAAUAUUUGAUUUAAUGAAUAAAAUGUGAAUAUAAAUGAUAGAAUUAAUCAAUAACUACAUA